ACCCCCGAGCGCAUUUGAUUCCCUUCUUGGUCACUUACUGACAUACAUCGUAAGUCACUGAGUACUCCCAGUUUCAUGCCAUUCACUCGUCCAUCCACCACUCCUGAUCACAACGAAAGCAACCUUGAAGCAAUUGAAAGGUACAGUACAAAUCUCAAAGGGGUAAAUUUGAGUAAUCAGCCAGAAGAUGAACAGUCAACAGUCAACCGUGAAGUUACCCCACACGCACUCCACUCCAUCCUCGGAACAACAACAGAUCUAUCAUGCCAUCGCCGCCCUCAUCUUCGGUCUGGCUUUUUUUUUUGGUGUGUGUAGAAGUCCAUUCAACCAUCCAAUCCCUUUUUGUCUGUCUCGCGUAAUCUUGCCCAUUUUUCCCGCCCUCUGCUCAUUAUCUCCAGGGAAUAACAGCCCCGUGCAAAUAUUUUCAUACACCACCAAAUGCAUCUUGUUAAUACAAUACAUAGUUCGGACAGGAAAAUCCGCAACUGGGGUGAAAAGAAACAUAAAAAACAAACAACAAAGAGGGCCGCGAUCCGGUGUAAAAAUCCCAAUAAGUGUGUAAAGCUUCAACAACAUCACAGGUGAAUAAGAAAAGAAAGGAAGGUAGUAGAU